AGGAGGGGUUUGGGAGUUAACUGCAUGCAGGAAAUCUCUCACAUCCUGCGUCCCAGCUCGCUCCUCUCUGUAACUGUAUAUGAUGGUGCUAUUCUCCAGACCUAGCUGAUGAAAGUUUGUCUCUUUCAGUCUGGGCUAAGAUGUCAAAGCGUCUCCAUGCAGAGCAGCGGCGCUUCCCUCCUCCUCACCCCCCAGCCCAGCUAUUCAUGCUGCUGCUCAGCCUAAACUGGCUCUUUAUAGCAUCAUCCAGGGCUCAAGGAGAGAAUGCAGACAGUAAAUUGGAAUCCUCCAGGCAACAGAUGUCAAAGAACCAGUCAGAACAUUAUGAGAUAAUAAUUCCCUACAUUUUGAAUGGAGAACAAUGGAAACCAAUAAAUAGCAUUGAUUCAAAGAGUCACCCAGCACUGAUGAAGUUUCUAAUACAAACUGAAAGUAAGCGACUAGUCAUCAGUCUGGAGAGAAACGAAGGCCUCUUAGCUGAUAGCUUCACAGAAACACACUAUAUGAAAGAUGGCACUGAUGUCAUUCUCACACGCAAUUACACGGGUCACUGCUAUUACCAUGGUACUGUGCAAGGGUAUCCUGAUUCUGCAAUCAGUCUCAGUACCUGCUCUGGACUCAGGGGACUUAUUUUAUUUGAAAAUAAAACCUACAUUCUGGAGCCAUUGGAAAAUGCUACAAGUGAACACAAGAUCUACCAAGCCGAGAACCUGAAAAUAGCCUCCGGAUCUUGUGGCAACCAAUUCAACAUCUCUGGCAUCACUAUUGAUGACACACCACAGUCUUCUCAAGCAUUCACCAGCAGGCACAAGAGGGAGACUCUGAAGAUAACAAAAUAUGUGGAGCUUGUUAUUGUUGCAGAUAAUCGAGAGUUUCAGAGACAGGGAAAGGAUGUGGAAAAAGUUAAGCAGAGGCUGAUAGAAAUUGCAAACUAUGUCGAUAAGUUGAAGCCAGCAGGGAUUUCUUGCAGAGACUCAAGUAAUUCCUGUGAUCUUCCGGAGUUCUGCACUGGAGCCAAUCCUCACUGCCCAGCUAAUGUAUAUUUACACGAUGGACAUCCAUGCUACAGAGUAGAUGGGUAUUGUUAUAAUGGCAUAUGUCAGACUCAUGAACAACAAUGUGUCACACUCUGGGGACAAGGUGCUAAACCCGCCCCUGGGAUCUGCUUUGAGAGAGUCAAUUCUGCAGGUGAUCCUUAUGGCAACUGUGGCAAAGACGCCAAAAGUUCCUUUGCUAAAUGUGAACCCAGAGAUGCUAAAUGUGGAAAAAUUCAGUGUCAAGGGGGAGCAAAUCGACCUGUAAUUGGUACCAAUGCUGUUUCCAUAGAAACAAAUAUCCCGCUGCAGGAAGGAGGCAAGAUUCUAUGUCGUGGUACCCAUGUGUACUUGGGAGAUGAUAUGCCUGAUCCUGGUCUCGUUUUGGCAGGCACAAAAUGUGAAGAUGAAAAAAUCUGUCUUAACCGCCGGUGCCAAAAUACUAGUAUAUUCGGUGUUCAUGAAUGUGCAACAAAAUGCCAUGGACGCGGAGUCUGUAACAAUAAAAAAAAUUGUCACUGCGAAGCUGACUGGGCCCCUCCCCAUUGUGACAAGCCAGGGUUUGGCGGCAGCCUGGACAGUGGACCAACCAGACAAGCAGAUAAUAGAAGUUUAACCAUAGGAAUACUCGUAACCAUUCUGUGCCUUAUUGUUGCUGGUUUAAUCCUGUAUCUCAAAAGGAAGACUUUGAUUAGACUGCUAUUUACAAAUAAAAAGACAACAAUAGAGAAACUAAGGUCUGUGAGUCCAGCAAGGCCUUCCAGUUCAUUUGAGCCUAAUCAUGUUCAUACCACAACUCUCAGUAAAAAUCUAGUCAUAAAGCCACAAAAUUUAAACAUACAUCAGAGAGAUGGUCCGAGAAGAUUGCUACCAUAUCAGACUACUAACAUCAGUAACUCUGUAAAGACAUCUGAUUUACAGCGGUCAAAAACACCCAAGCGAGUCCUACCACCCCUUCACCAGCUACCCUGUCCUCAAACUGUACCUGCACGACCACUGCCAGCUAACCCAUCUCUUAGGCUUGCUCAGGAAACUCUCAAACCAAACCCUCCUCAAAAGCCUUUGCCAGCAAAUCCUCUGAACAAAACUGCUCGGUUUAACAAUGCCUCCAGCCCAAUAUUUGGACAUCAGAAACUUGUGCCUCACAUUACUCCUGUAAGACCUGUACCUAAACAUCCACAAGUGCCCAGAUCCAGCAACACUGCCUAUGUGAAAUGACAAGAAAAUCUGACACCUUUCUGAAAAAAGUGAAGACAGAAGUUUGCACUAUCUUUAAACUCCAACUAGAGUGGGUUUAAAAAAAAUAACAAUACUUAGAAUUUUUAAUGUUUAAAACACCAUUAUUUUUAAGAACUCUGAGCUACUGCUUUUGGUGCUGUGCUGUGCUAUGGUGCUCAUGUACUUGCUCAGGUACUUGUAAAUUAUUAAUUUAUGAUGAAUAUUUAUUACAGUGCAGUGCACUGUAGUAGAUAUUUUUUUACCAUAGCUGAGUUUUCCUAGGAAGGAAGCCUUUUUUAUAAUAUUUCAGUGAACUUGAAACAUUCUGCUUUGUGUCUUAUGUAGAGUGUUUAGUUUUGAUCUAUUCUUUAUAGAGUACUGAUACUCAUGGAUAAAUCAAUGGAUAAACAACUCUAGUGAUCUCAAUGGUUUAUAACAAACCUGUGAAUGAUUACAUCAGGGUGAGCCAUGGUUUUCUGGAAUACAGUGAAAUGCCCGAUAUCUGCACAUGAAUGUAUACCGUAUCUGUUUAACCAAAAUAACUGUUACUAGUUGUACUGUAAUUUCAAGAUGCCUGGUAUCACUGUUUGAAAUUGUCAGGAAAUCUGUGCUUAAAGAGAGCAUAUUGGUUUUGGACAAAUACUGUAUAUCAUAAAAUUGUAUUUUUAGCUCACGGUUUUAUCAAACUCAACACAAUCGUUCCGUAUCAAUGCAGAUUCAGGCCUUCCAAUGUAAUCACAUUUUUUGAUGCUUUGGUAAUUAGAUAAAUUCAAUAUCCUAUAAGAUAGUGACAUCUUACUAUGCAAUAUAGCUAUACAGUCAAAUACAUUAAAAACACUAAGAUGCUAUAUUUACAAAGAAUUGUUUUAAAAAUAGAUUAUAUGCAUUUCUGCUGCCUCACUUCUGCUUAUCAACUGUAUUUUACAUAUUUACUGCUGUUUUGUAUCUAACUUCUAAAACGUUAUUCUGUCUGUCGCUGAUGGAUUUUUCCCAAAAUACUCAUACUCCUGUGAACGAAGUGUUAAAAAGAUGUCUAUACUAAAGUACAUGAGGUGUCUGAAAACAGACAGGAUCUUCAUAUCUCUUGAGCACCAUUCAGUGUAAAAAAGAAAGCUACUUUUGCCCUUCAUCUGUACAUCGAAUCUUCAUCAAAAAGCAGAGAUUGGAAAUCAAUACCUUUCUGAUUUCUGUUUUGUAUUUCUUAAAGCUGAAAUUGUUAGAGGAAUAUUUUUAAGUCCUACUUUAGUUCCCUCAAAUCACCAUGUGGUGGAUCAUCUCUUUUACAGUGAUAAACAAUCAAGCUACUACUGACCAUUGCUCCAUAUGUGGGUUAAAUUAUAUUAGGAAAAUGGUCAUAUUGCAACAAAGGCUCACAGUGACGACUCCUCCCUAGCUUUUCCCACUACGCUAACCUAGCCCAACUAGUGCUGUAAACACCUUCACUGUGAGUGUAGAUGCAACAAAUUCAUUUUCAACUCUGCUACUGGAAACAUAAGUGUGUGUGCAUUGUGUGAGGUCUCUUCCACACUCUUUCUGUAACGCUGCUAAAAAUAGUUUGUUUCACCUACGCUAUCAACAAACUCUUCUUUUCAAUACAAGUUGAAAGGGACUAAGUGAGAGCCAUUACUGACAUUAUUGUCAGCAAUGGGUUAGUUUCAUGUUUGUUUCUUCAAGCAGAAAGAAACGUACAGAGGCCUUUGGAUCUCAUUUCAGUGAGUGUAACUCGACUUAACUUUCUCAGUCUCCACUGUAUCAAGGCAACAAUAUAGCAGCCAGGUUUACGGAUGAACUAAACAGCUAAAUCCACAUUACCAACAAAACAAAUAAACCAAAAUAGAAUCCUCCUCAAAGACAUUUCAGUUCCUAAAUCAUGCAUAUUUAAUAAAAUUACCAGUGAUUUACUUUAUAAGACAUUCUGGAAAAUGCUAACAAAAUAUUUAUGAUAAACAUGGAGAAUUUCUGAGGGUGGUUGCACUCUACUUUCUUUUAUAUUGGAUUUGGCAAACACCAAAACCAGGUGCUGUUGUGGCUAUUUAAGCAACCUUUUUAUGAAUUUUGGAUAGGUAUUUUUCUUUUGUUUUUAAAAGCCUUAACUCCUUACUGCUAGCAGUGGCAUCUUGUUCUGUUGCCAGAAUUAGGAAAAUACAUCACUUUUAAAACAUACUAGGGUUCAUAUGGACACUUCAGUCCUUUAUAGUCCUUUUUUAGGCUCCCAUUGACUAUACUGUAUCAAAAUAUUUCUGUAUUUCUGAUAAUGUUUAAAGUGUGGCCACAUUGAAGUGAAUGGCAACACACCCAAUUACUUUAGUGGGGCCAGAAUUUUACCUGAAGGUUAGCUCCUCAGCUGAUGUACAUCAGAGCAGUGUUGACUUCAAGGAGCUGUAAUAUUUUACAGCAGCUUGGGACCUGAUUCCUCAGAUCAUACUGGAGUAAGUUUUCAGUAUGAUAUGCAGGGACUUAAUCCUAAAACGUCUAUUAAUAUUAAAAGGACACAAAAUCUUCUGUAUUUUUUUCUUUGUGAUAAUACCCUUCUGAGGUAGAAAAGUAGUCAGCAUUUUUGCAGAGCUUUGCACAUGUAAAGUAUUCUAUCAAAGUGUUCUAGUUUUAGAAAAUCCCAACAACAUUAUUUGAAAGUAAAUAUUUUUUCUUCAUUAGCCUUUGGCAAACAUUAAACUUUUCCCAUGUUUCUAAUACAACAGAAGACAAUAUGGCUUUCUUUUUUGUCUAUUUCCUUAUUUAUGUAUUAGCUUCCCUGCAUAAUUGUGUGCAGUGAUGGAAAUACUGUUUAAUUUCUGCUUCAGAGUCUGCAAAGGAAGCAUGGAGAGUACUAAAAAUUAUGGCAGUAAGCCCGAUAAAGGGGUUUUUGAGGGGAUUGGGGUUUUUUGUUUGUUUUUGCAACUCUUUCUUGAUUUCUCAGUGAAAAGGUUAUACUCCAGCAGAUUGUGAACAGGUCAAAUUAUGGGCCUAUAUAAUAGUGGUCUCAAGAGCUGAGAGGCUAAUUUUCCAGUGCCUGCAACUGACAUUUACAACUUAAUGCUUUCUGAAAAUAAGAUAUUUCAAGACUAACAAGCACCAGGAGACAAAUUCUUCCCUGGUGUAACUCCAUGCAGAUGCACCAGGGAAGAUUUUUGGCCACUAUAUAUAAAACGAUUACAUGUCAAAAUAUGUAAAGAGUGUACACUGCCUUACAAUCUAAAUUUCUUCAAGUUCACCAUCACAUGAACCACACAAUCAACAAAAUAUAAGCAAAUAAUGGCCACUUGCAGGGGGAACACUUUUAUGCCUUCGUAACUUUACUGGGCAUUGUGAAACUAAAAUUAAAGGCCAUUGUCCCUUGUAAUUGGCAAAAUUAUGUGACAAAGUGGCACACAAUGUAAAAAUCAGACUGCUGCAAGGAAGCUAAUGAUUUGAACUGGUAAUCUGUAGUGGUGCUAAGGCUUAUUAGGGUGAUACACGUAUGAUUCUUUAAGACUACUUUUGUGAAAGAUGUAUUAGCAAGAACAAUUUAAACACGAUAUAGAGGAACAGAAGUUGCAUGACUAGUCUGAAAGUUUUUAAACCAGAUCAACUUCCCCUCACCAUCAUCAAUGUGUUUAAACACAAAGGUACACUUCUUAAAUAACCUGGAUAAAAAAAGGUUCCAUUUGCAUAUGGUUUAUGAAGAAUUAAUAGAUGUGACUACUCAUGUUUUGAAUAUGCUUGUGUAAAACCAACAGACUCCGGUCAUCAGGCGGGAUCAAACCUGGGACCUCUGGAGCUUAGUUCAUAAUCCUCUACUGUAUGAGCUAAAAGCCAUAUGGCUGUUAGCUAAGGCUGUAGAGCAGACUCAAUCUCUCUCUACGUGGUCUCAGUGUCACCAGAUGGGACAGAACACCAAACCCAGAAGGUGUAUGGGUACACUUGCAUAUUACAGGUGGUUAUAAGCACAUCAGUAGAUGUCUGUAAGCCACAAGUAACCUAUUAACCUGUUGGAUUCUAUAACAACUGAUUAACCAUGUAUCAAAGCAUCUGUUAAUCACCCAUUAACUUUUUAAAAACUAUUUAUAAAUGGAACCUUAAAAGUGUAACCAGCAUCUCUAAGCAAUACCCCUUUAACAAGCUGGAAUUCCAAGCAUGAAUAUUGCAAUGCCAAAUUUACAAAUGCUUCAUGAAUCCAGUGAGGUUGUGUGUAUAGCUCUUAUUACAGGAUCAGAUCCUGAGUUAACACCCAUGCUGACAAAACAGAUUUACAAGGAUCAUAGAUGGGUUAAAACUAAUCUGAACCAUAACAGUUAAGUCAUGAUACUUUAAGAUUGACUUUCACAUGAUCUUGCUUUUUGCUUAUAUGACCUACAGUGAGAUGAUGCAUCAUCACUAAUCAGACAACUCUUGCUAUCCCAAGAUUCAUCUUAAGUCUGCAUGAGAAAUCUCUGAAAAAUACCUUUAACCAACUUGUAAACUAAUAAUUUACAACUACUUAAAACUGCUGACUAAACAGGGGGAUAUAUAUCAAAGGUUAUUAAACAUUUAAACUUCUUAAAGCAAAACAGCUCAAGCAUAUGUAAUGAUUUUGAGAUUAAUUUUACAGUUAAAGGCUAUGAUACAAGUAUGUAUGACCUACUUGAGACUUGCUGACUCAUGUCCUGGUUUGGAAAUGCCAGAGAGAUCUGGACCCUUUGAAAGCAUUCCCUCAUUCUAGAGAGGUAAAAACUUAAUGCUUUGUUGCUGCUGUUACUGGUAAACAACACUCUCAUAGAACCUGGGGAAGAGCACGUACCUGGGCUUUCCACAGAGCAAUGCAUAAAGGUGCAUUAUGUUAGUGCAUGGGACUGGAAGUACAAAUGACCAUCAACAAACCAGUGAAAAUUACUAAAUAUGCGAAGUACAAAAACUGUAUAAAACGGAGACAGAUAUGGGGUUUUCCCAUCUAAUGUCUUUCAAUUUUAGUAAUCAUAGGUGUUGCUUUUAUAUAGAUACAGGUUUUCAUAUACUAGUGUAAUUUUUCCACCUGCGUGUCUUCUUUUAAAUGCCUAGUUAGUUCAAAGCUGCUGUACAUGGCUUUUUUCCUGGCAGGUACUUUUUUUAGCAUCAGUUCUGUUUGGUUCUGAUUAUUUGAAAAUCCAACGUUAUUGCACUAUUUGCUAAUGCCCAAUAAAUGUUACUAGUUAUAGUUUGUUUUUAAUGCAUUUAGACAUUUACAAUAAAGUUGAAGGAAGAUUUAUUCGUUAAUUAUCUUUUAGUACACUAGGAAAUUUACUUUUGUAAACUCAUUAGUGCCAGAACUCAUUCUACAUACAGAUUAUCCCUUCUGAACAGCAACUAAAUAAAUCUAUCCACAAGAGAUUAUGCCCCUAUGGAUCAUCAUCACAUGUUGCAAAAUAUAACUAAAUAUGAAUGUAGCUAACAGAAAAAGAAAUAAAAUACUAAUCUACUACACAUUUAAGAGAGCGUGGGGUCUAAUGGUUUAAAUAUGGGAAUAAGAAUUGGGAGAUCCUGAAUUUUCAUCCUUUUCUUGAUACAGAGUUCUCUUUUUGAUCUUACACAGUUACUUAACCUCUCAGCAUCAGUUUUUCCCAUCCAUGAAAUGGAUAUAGUAACACUUAAUUAUCCAAUUCAUAGGGUGGUUUUGAAGCUUAAUUAGUUAGUAGUUACAAAGCACUUUAAAAACCAUUAAAGUGCUACACGUUAUCUAAGUCACCUCAAACUUUCAUCUCGCUGUCAAAUUCCUGCUUUCGCAUAGACUCUUCUGGAUGGUGUUUGCUUCUCCAACAUACCUGAAUAUGCCUUUCCAAUAUACAUUCACAUCUAUUUCAAACCAACAGAAGACUUUUGUAUGUAUUAAUUUAUGUUUUUAAACAAAGCAUUAAAAAGCGUGACCAGUGACUGUAAACAAUCAGUAACAGAGCAGUCACAGAAAAAUAUUUUUAAAAGCACUUUAAGGCAGGAUAUAUAAAAAUACAAGGCAUGUUUUCACUAGGUUAAACUCUGGGGAAAAAAGGUGCUAUUGUUCUAAAAAAAAAAAAAAAUGUAGCAACUGA